GACAGUUAACAUUCAAGCACAUUGUAUACAUGCCGCCCAGUCUCUCUCCCACAAAAAUAUGACCUGAAUCCAAGAUUUAUCCAUUUGCAGAACCCGGGAUCGUAAACUCCAUGUCUUAUCUCCUCCUUUGCUCUUCGCCUGCCGUGGGUUAUUUCACCAACUCCUCCAUAUUUCCAGGAAUUCCCACAAGUUCUUGUCUUCUGCUUUCAGUCUGAAUGAGAGACAGUGAAGCGAAGCAGCGUAAAUUCCCACUCCGUGAUUCCUGUCUUGCACAACACACGCUGACAUGGGGAAGUGAGUCACUUCCACGACCAAUAAAAGCCGGGACUUCUCUCCGCCAGAUUCAAACAGCAGCUGGAGAAAGCAGCAAAACCUGGAAGAGCAGAGGAAAAGAGCAACCGAGAGAAAGAAAAGUGAAUUAGCUACAGACGUUUUUGAAGCCAAAAUGAAGAAAAUCAGCAUCAUUACUCUCUCUGUCUUAAUCUUCUUGACCUUUGUUCCCACCAGCAAAGGAAUGAGUCUGAGAAGCUUAGGAGUGGAGCUGCACUGCCGCUGUAUCCAGACUGAGAGCAGACCAAUAGGGCGCCACAUAGAGAAAGUGGAGCUGAUUCCUGCCAACUCUCACUGCGAGGAGACUGAGAUCAUUGCCACUCUAAAAAAGGAUGGCCAAGAAGUUUGCCUGGACCCCGAGGCUCCAUGGGUGAAGAAAGUAAUUCAGAGAAUCAUGGCAAACAAGAAACGAUGAGGAGAAAUGAAUAAAGGCAACGACUUCAAAGAAUCAAAAGACUUGACUUGGUCUGACGAUGGGUCACUAAACUUUGAUUCGCCUGAUGCUGAAUCAAAGUUCAGAAUCUUUGUUCUCAAAUUGUUUGCAUCAAUGCUGCACAGUGGCACAGUUGGUAGAGCUAUUGCCUUGCAGCAAGAAGGUACUGGGUUUGAUUCCCAGCCCGGGGACU